UCUGCGAUUGUUCGAUCAUGAGAGAAGCUGUAGUACUUGCCACAUGUUUAUUGGGUAUCGUGUUUGCUGGAAGUCCUAGACUACCCAGGACCUCUGCCGAUGAACGUAAUACCCGUAACGUUAGUAACAAUGGAGGCAACGUCACUGGGAACACGAUACCGAUACCUAGCCGCAAUUCUCAACGAAAUAGAGAGCAAUACCUCUUUAACGUUUUCGAGGUUAUAGUUUCGACUUUGGAAUCAAAAUUACAGCGCAUUGAAAAUUUGGACAAAGCGGUGGAACACUUGAUGAGAAGAGUGGAAGCUUUGGAUUCACGCGUGAAUGAUAAUAUCGAUAAAACCGAUGCAGUUAUUACAAAGCUACGAACAUUAGAUCUAAAACUUUUCAAUUCUCAUCAAAUUGAAUUUUCUUCAACUGAAUCUGCAUACUCGACAAGAAGGAGCGAUGAUAAAAACGACAGUGAAAUCAGAAGCGGUUCGAAAUUACAAGCAAUCCAUCAGAAGCGAGAAAAUCCAUCAACAUCCGAUGUCACUCUUGGUGAAAAAUUAUUGUCACUUGAUCAAAAAGUAUCGGAUAUAGAUAAUAAAUUGAUCGAUUUGAAACAUCAAUUGGAUAAUAACUUGUUACAAAAUGACGACAUAAAUGCCGAAGCCAGCGAAAAAAAGCCAGUCAGUAUGAGCGUAAUCGAAAUCACUAAAGCGAUGAGUAACGAAGUAAUAAAUCACAUUACGAUCGAGAUAGAAAAUUUAAGGCAAGCGACCAACAAUAUGGACAGAAAGUUACAGUUUCACGUAAACUUGGUUUCCGAUCGUUUGGGAACUAUUUACAACAUGAUGAGUGACGUGCACGAUGCGAUAUUAGUGAGAGGAAGUACGAACGGUCGACCGGCGUUCAACGUUACAACAACAACAACAACAACUACCGAGCCGCCACCACCAAGGCAGAGUAAAAUCGAUCGACUCGUCGAACAAAUAUAUCCAAUGUUGACUGUAUCGGAGAAAAUGGACGAAGUCUGGAACGUCGUGGUUGGCACGAAAAGUUCCGUGGACGAUCUCUUGCCAAAAUCCGAUGAAUUACUUACACAAACGCAAAGACAAGAAAGAGCGAUCAGUGAAAUUCAUGCGGAUUUAAGAUCGAAAACGAAUAAGAUUAUCGAAAAUUUAGAAGGAGUGGAGAAUAGACUUCGAAAGCAGGAGGACGAUGUAGCCAGCCUUGCUCAGCGUCCAAUACCUGCGGAAUUGCUGCUGGAUCCCACGAUCGAUCGCCUUGUCGAAUACGACUCCAAUAGAUACGUUGGACUCUCUGAUGACAUUGCAGUUGAAACAACCGUUUCACCGGUCAAUCCGACUACCAUCGUUUCGUCUGUGUCGAUGUCCAUGUCUUCCUCGACCUCGUCGAACGCCGUAUCGAUCAAUAAUUUCAUUAAUUCAAGCAAUAUAGCUGGUUCCACUAAUUUCUCCAACUCGACAGCCAGUCCUUCGAUAGGCCCGCCAUUAUCCCCGAGUUCGCAGCGAUCAUCGUCUAAAAAUCGUGGUGUUAUAUUUCCAAGUGUCAAAAACAAACCAAGUCCAGCAAAUUCGACCUUUACCACCGAUGCAUUCCUUAAUUACAAAGAUGUUAAGGGCUAUUCAUGUGUUGAUUUGUUAAAUGCUGGCAUGAGAGAUAGCGGUGUCUAUUAUCUUCAAAUUCGUGGAACAACCUAUUGGUUUCUCAAGGUUUAUUGCGAGCAGGAUAUCGCCGAAGGAGGUUGGACGGUUAUUCAAAGAAGAGACGAUUUCGGCGAGCCAAGAGAAAAUUUCAAUCGUGAUUGGGCUGAUUAUAAAAACGGUUUCGGUGAUCCUGCCCGAGAGUUUUGGCUUGGCAACGAAAACAUAUACAUGUUAACUAACAACGAAGAUUACAUGCUUCGGGUGGAACUCGAAGAUUUCGAAGGUAACAAAAGGUACGCACAGUACUCUCACUUCAAAAUCUAUUCAGAAGGAGAAUAUUAUAAAUUGGAGAUUGACGGUUACGACGGAAAUGCCGGUGACUCAUUAAACGAUCCAUGGUACGGUUCGAACAAUAGUCCGUUUUCCACGUACAACAGGGACAACGAUAGGUCAUCGUUGAACUGCGCUUCCAUGCUAAAAGGCGGAUGGUGGUGGAAAUCGUGUGGACGAGGAUUAAACGGUCUUUAUUUGAACGAUCCUCAGGAUUUAACCGCUCGACAAGGCAUCGUAUGGUUCCGUUGGAGAGGUUGGGAUUAUACUUUGAAACGUGCCACGAUGAUGAUUAAACCAAAAGGACCAACAACAGCAAUGAUAUAGACGAUUAUAACGAUAUAACAACAACAACAACAACAACAACAACAAUAGAAAAAUGUUUUCUAGAAGACGCUACGUCCGUAAUGCUCGGUACGAUAACGGAUGGCGUCGUUUAUCAGUUACCAAAUAUACAUAUACACGUGUAAGGAUGUUUGGAAAUGUCGAAUGAGAAAAUAAUCUUUUACCGAUUAUCUGUUCUCCAUUUUUUUUAUUAAAUACAUUUUUGUUUCUUACUUGCUUCGACCCCGUUCUAAUCAAUAAUUGAAAACGUACAAAACGAUUCGUGUAAAUUUUCCUUAAACUGAAGAAAUUAAAAAUAUAUGCGCAUUAUAUAUGUAUAUGUGAAGAAUGGGCGAUAUAAAGUACGAACUCCCUAUGA